AGAAAGGCUGAUUGAUUGUUUAGGCUUGUCACCGUUUCCUCCAUUUUUCCUUUUGGGGACUCUCUCUCUCUCUCUCUCUCUUUUUCUCUUUCUAUCACACUUACUGCGAUACAUACAUAUGGUACAUCCUUCAUUUCAUUUUUUCUUUCUCAAUUUUCCCCCAAUUUUACUAGGGUUUUAAUUGCACCCCCAAUGCACUAAUCAUUCUUCAUUCAUUUCUCGUUAAUCAAUCUCCCACCGCACCAUUCAUUCCCAUCUCAAUUCAUACUUUCUGUUUCCAGCCAUGGCGUAUGAUCAGAAUUCCGUUCCCAUGGAUCUUCGUCCGCUGAACAUGGCCGCCGCGGUGGCGGAGGAGCCCUUGAUUUCUCCGGCCACCGUCACGCCGCCCACGCCCAAUUCCGUCGGGGAGAUUUUCUACACGCCCUCGGCCACCGCCGGCGCCGCCGCCACGUGGUGCGUCCGCCCCAUUGCGCAUCCCAACGUCAGCCCCGCCGCGUUCGGGUUUAACUACGGCGGUUCCGGUUACGGCAACCGCGUUGUGGCGGGGAAUGCUUUGAAUAUGGGCAAGGUUUUGGGCUGUAAUGGAUUGGACAAGGCCUGCAAUGAUGUGAAUGGUUUCGGUUAUGGUGUUGGCGGUGGCGGUGGCGGUGUUCGGGGCAGCAGAGCCGCCGGAAGCGGCGGUGAACACGGCGGCGAUGAUGGCGGUAGCGACGAAUCAGCAUCGGGGAGGAAGGUGAAGUUUCUGUGCAGUUUUGGUGGGAAGAUUUUGCCUAGGCCUAGUGAUGGAAUGCUGAGAUAUGUUGGGGGGCAAACGAGGAUCAUUAGUGUUAGGAGAGAUGUGAGUUUCAAUGAUUUGGUGCAGAAGAUGGUUGACACUUAUGGGCAGGCUUUGGUUAUUAAGUACCAGCUCCCCGAGGAGGAUCUUGAUGCAUUGGUGUCUGUGUCGUGUCCUGAUGAUGUGGAGAAUAUGAUGGAGGAGUAUGAGAAAUUGGUUGAAAGAUCUUCUGAUGGUUCUGCUAAGUUGAGGGUUUUUCUGUUUUCUGCUUCGGAUAGUGAAUGUUCUAGUGGGGUGCAGUUUGGGGACUUGCAAGAUACCGGGCAGAAAUAUUUUGAUGCUGUGAAUGGGAUUGGUGUUACAGAGGGGGUUGGGGGUGGGAUCAAUAGGAAGGAGAGUGUUACAAGUGCUGCAUCAACACAGAAUUCUGAUAUGAGUGGAGGUGAGGCUCUUGACGGUUCAAUUACAGGUCAAGGAGAUGUGAGUGGGGUGUCCUUGUCAUCAUCUAAGGAGAAUGUGUCAGCAGCUUCUUCAAACACAAGUUCAAAUUUGGUGGUUUCAGAGGCCGGUGCAUCGGUUUACUUGGGUAAUUCCGCGGCUACGUUGGCUAUGCCUGUUGCUAAGAAUAGUCCUACUACCCACAAUCCUUAUUUCCAGAAUGAGUUGGAAAAGUCGGUGCCUGUUACUUUGUCCCAGCAGCCAUUUGGAUUGCAGCAAUCUGGAACAGAGAUUCCGGUCACUUCACCUUAUUUGCAGCCUUUUGUUGAUCCGGGCCAGGAGGUUAUGAACCAUGCAGAUUAUGUCCAGCUGCCUUCCCAGAUGGGGUUCACAAAUACUCAGAUUUUAGGAAAGACUGGGACUGUCUUCACCCCACAGCAGUUUCAUGAUAAUACUCCUGGUUUAGCUUUCCAUCCGGUCAUCCCUGGGGUACAAAUGACAAUGACUCAACCAUCUUCUCAUGGAAUAAGACCAAAUGUUAUUCAACAACCACAACCACAACCAUUGGUGCAACCUCAGCAACAUCUUUUGGAUCAAUACAAUGAUGAAAAUACAUCAGGAGUAAGGAUUAUCCAGGUUCCUGCUGAACGUAGCUACAACACAUAUCAGGUUCAAGCGAACCAAGUUCCUUCUGUCAUAGUUGGUGGUAAUUAUGGCUGGGUUCAGGUUCCUCCACAAGAGCGUGUUGUUAUUUCUGAUGGAUUGUUAUCUCAACAACAGGUAAUGAUCCCUGAGAAAAUCCGAAGAGCCGAGGACUGUACUAUGUGUCAAAGAAAACUGCCUCAUGCACAUUCAGAUCCAGUAGUUCCAGAUCAGCAUAAUAAUGGUGCAUGUCCCAGUCCUGGUUCAUCCCCAAGUCACCGUAGUUUCCCGAUGGAGGACAACAUAAAAGCUCAAGCAGCAAAUAAGAUUAUGCCAAUGAAGGAAGGCAUUGCUGAACAAGGUGCUGGGACCAGACCCAGGGUUGUUGGAAAAUUGGAACCUCUUGAUGGAGUACAUCAUACUGAGACCACUGGGCUUUCUCAUAAUAUUGAGCCACAGCCUGAAGGUGGGAGGAUUUUUAUGCAAAAGCCAGAAGAAUUUGAUCAUUCCAGGAAUUCAUUUUUCCAGGAAAAGAUUGGAAGGAGAGGUGAAAAGCAAUCUCCAAAUGAUGAGCUCAUGGGAAACGCACCACUGUCUUAUCUACAUGAUGUUGCUGACCAGCACAUGGUACCAGUUGAAAAUUGGGUUAAACAGAAUGUGCUUCUUAACAAACCUGUCAGUAAUGAUACACCUAUAGUUGAUGGAACAUCUAUACAAACUUCAGAGUGUAUGGUUCAAGGAUCUCAAAAAGAAUAUACUAAUGAGCUUACUGGGGUUGGUUCUAAAUCAGAUGCCAUAGAUAAUUGGAUUAGACAAGACCAUCUAAAAACUAUUGAUGGAAGGAUGGACACCUUCAACAUACGUAAUUCUGAAGUUUAUGUAAGUAAUGAUUACUCUUUUCUGCCGGUUGAUAAAUCCAGUGGGAAUGAUAAAUUACAUUACAACUCUCAGCAAUCUGUAGAGGAAGAGGUGAUUCUGGACAACAACUUUGGCAGGUCUAAAUUGAUAGUUGAUGCGAAUCAAAGUAAGAUGACAGGUAUGAUGCCUUGUUCUAUGGAAAUUUCAUACGGGCACAAUUCCAGGUCAGGGGAAUGCAAUGAGGCUGCACAGCCCCCUGUUUGGGGCAUUCCUGGGUCAAAUUGUCCACCGAAGAUUGGAAACCCCCACAGGGAUGAUUUAGUAUCAUCUUCAUCCCCAUCUGUCAGGUUUGGAGAGGUGCAGGAUACUCCAAACUCACUUUUCAGCAAUCAGGAUCCCUGGAAUAUUCAGCAUGGUACCUUCUUUCCACCUGCUGGACCUAACAAAGAUGCAUUGAAGAAUCGUAAUGAUCACUUUGGUGAGAACUCAGGCAACUUUGGGGAACAAAGUUUAGAAGCACAGUUGGAUGAUACCCUCUACCAGUCAUUCAAACAAAAUUUAACUUUAGAACAUGGUCGAUAUGCCAAAGGUUCAGCAGAAGACCAACAACUUCAAGCUGUUGCAGAAGAUGUAGCAGCUUCUGUUCUGCACUCAAGAACUCCAUCAAAUUCUGACUUGCAUUCCAGAGAUGUUUCCUGUCAGGAAAACAUUGAGGAUGGAAGCGUUCAAAAUAAUCUAAUAGAUGUAACAUGUGGACAUAAAACUCAGGAUGCCAAGAACAAGCAACCAGAAAAGGCAAAUUUUGGCUUUCCUGCAUCGGGUGUGGGAAAAUUACAGGUUAUAAAGAAUUGUGAUCUUGAAGAACUGACUGAACUGGGUUCUGGUACCUUUGGGACUGUAUAUCAUGGAAAAUGGAGGGGCACAGAUGUUGCAAUCAAGCGGAUUACUGAUAGAUGUUUUGCUGGAAAGCCUUCAGAGCAAGAGCGCAUGAGAAGUGACUUCUGGAAUGAGGCAAUCAAGCUGGCUGACUUGCACCAUCCAAAUGUGGUAGCUUUCUAUGGUGUAGUGCUUGAUGGCCCAGGAGGUUCUGUGGCAACAGUAACUGAGUAUAUGGUUAACGGUUCUUUAAGAAAUUCCCUGCAAAAGAGUGAGAGGAAUCUUGACAAGCGCAAGCGUCUUUUGAUUGCAAUGGACGUGGCAUUUGGAAUGGAGUACUUGCAUGGAAGAAACAUUGUACACUUUGACUUGAAAAGUGACAACUUGCUUGUGAAUCUCCGAGAUCCUCACCGCCCAAUAUGCAAGGUUGGCGACUUGGGUCUGUCCAAAGUAAAAUGUCAGACACUGAUCUCUGGUGGUGUGAGAGGAACUCUACCAUGGAUGGCUCCAGAACUGCUGAACGGAAGCAGUAGCCUUGUAUCAGAGAAGGUUGAUGUGUUUUCGUUUGGUAUUGUGAUGUGGGAACUCUAUACUGGGGAGGAGCCAUACGCUGACUUGCACUAUGGUGCUAUUAUAGGUGGUAUUGUGAGCAACACUUUGCGCCCUCCUGUUCCUGAAUCUUGUGAUCCAGAAUGGAGAUUGUUGAUGGAGAGGUGCUGGUCAUCAGAGCCAUCUGAGAGACCUACCUUCACUGAGAUUGCCAGUGAAUUACGUUCUAUAGCGUCCAAGAUCUCUCCCAGAGGACAAAACUCUCCUAAGGGACAAAACCAACAGCUGCAACCCAAUUCGCUACAGACUCAAGUCCACAAAUGAUUUUUGCCUUAUUUUGUGUUUUUCAUCCAAUUGCAUAUUCUGCAAUAUAUAAUAGGGAAGGAAUGAUUUGUUAAUUGUUUCAGACAGAAAGUUACCAAGGUUGUUAAGAGGUUUCUAGCUUUUUUAGUUAUACUACAUAUUCUUCUAUUACUUCCAACCCUCAAUGAACAUGAUCAAACAUGUCAUUUGAGUUGGCAAAAAAAAAAUAGAAAAUAAGAAAACAAUGUGAAAAGUUGUACUGCCUUUGUUAAAAUCGUGUUCAUUCAUUGAAUUUCCUUUA